AUGAAGAACAGAAAGUAUAAAAACAUUAUUGAAAAUAAAGAGACAGGUGGGGUUACUUGGAAGAAUAAGGAAGAAGCGUGGAAAAAUGUUGAACGGGAAUUCAGCAGUAACUCAUCCACGCCAAGGUUAGAAGAAGUCCUAAAACGCUACUAUAAUAAUAAAAAGAAGGAAACACGGAAACAGACUUUAGUACAAAAUGUAAAAUUUAAAAGAACUGGUGGUGGAAUGCCGAUUGUAAACGUUAAAGAUAAUGCAGUUUUUAAUCUGUUUGGGUUGCACAACAAUUUCGAUGAUGAUGUUGAAUCAGAUUUAGAACAAGCACAGUCGAUGGAUGAAUCUCCAGCAAAAUUAUUAAUAUGUACACCAUCAUCAUCAGGAGGGACAGUGGUUGGUUCUUCAUCACUAUUAUCUACAGUGGCUAGUUCAUCAACAGCAGGAAGGGCAGUGAUUAGUAUUAAAAGUGGAAUUAUUGAUAGAAAGCGCAAUCGUGAGUCACAGGAAAAAAUGUGGCUUUAA